GUUCGGCUCUUUACCCAUCAUCACCCGUGAGCUGCUCCCUCAACAUUAAUCGAUAGAUACCCUGAGGGAACUUUGCACCGAUUUACAAAAUUGGGGUCGCCUUGCGACAAUGACAAGGCGCUGCUGGCGACGACGAGUAUUGCGAGGGAAAGAGAGAGGACGGCAGCCAAAACGUCACCUGGGUGUGUUUUCGAGAGGGUCAUCACCAAAAAAAAUGUCUGUCCACGUGCUCCAGGGACACGACGGGACCUCCUCUCCGACCUCUCCCUUCCCUUCCCCUCCCCAGCUUCCCGGAAUCUCACAUCGAAUGAUGCAGGUGAGAGCGCGGAGCAUCACACAGCAGCUGACAUCGCAGGUGGGAAAGAAUUGUCGCAUGUCCCUCGAUGCUUCGAUUACCAUACACACACACACACACACACACACACACGCUGCAGUAUCUCCACGCCCGCCGGGUUGCGCGCGCGCGUUGAGCACCUGGUCGUCGACCCGCCAUGACAUCAUGGCCGUUGAUCUCCAUCCCAGUCGUUGUCAGCCGCGGUCAGCGGAAGCUCUCAAGAGUCCAUGAACAGUGUGAAAAAUGUUGCAUUUCCAGCUAGUAAAUUGGUGCUGUAUAUGACGACGGGCAUCGUCGUUGGUUUCCGAUUUUCGUGUCUGCGGAUACCCAUCAAGUCGCCCACUUUCAACAUCCCAAUGCCCCCCCCGGUCCCGUUGCCCCUCGACUUUUGAUCAUAGGCGGAGAAAGAUGCGAGGAUCGUCGUUCACAGUUUGUGAGAGGAUGUGCGUCGGAGUCGAAGGAGAGAUCGGAAUUG